GCGGCGCAGGGCGAGGCGCUGGCGCAGCUGCGUGGCUACUGGGUCCCGCGGCUGCUCCGCCACGAGCGGUGGCGACGCGAGUGGCGCGCGAGCCUCGCUCCCGGCUCGGUCGACGGCGACGGUGGCGAUGACGCGGCGUGUCCUGGAAGCCGGGGUCACGACGAGCGCGGGUCGACCUCGACGGCAGCGGAUCGGCCUCCGUCGUCGCGCGUUCACCGCCACCACGACCACCACCGCGACCGCCACCACGGCCACCACUACCAUCACCAAAGCUGCAAGGACCUCGGCAACCACCGUGCCCACGACUACGACCGCCCAGACUCACCGAAGGGACUGCGCGACAGCGGUUGUUGCUUUUCUUGGGGCGAGGCGAGGAGGACGUCUGACGCAGCAAGGGGGUCCAAGCGGCACGGAUCAAAGCCCUGGAGAACGGGAGGACCCCGCCGAUGGCCGGACCCCUCUCCAGCGGCCAGAGGGAUAGGACAGGGGAUCCUACGUCCUGAGAUGGGGGGCCGGCCCCCCGAAACGGGAGCCCUGCGAUCCGCCCUGGCCUGCGACCACUUUGCAGGGGGUCCCCUCCUGGCGUUUCUGGAGGCGCGGGGCCACGGAGAGCCCCCGCGACUUCUCUUCUGGCAGGAGGUGGAGGGGUUCGCGCGCCUUGCCACGCGUGAUCCUGGCAAGGACCCCUCCCUUCACGAGCUGCUCUCGCAGGCCGCCGAGCGUGUCUGGAGGUCGGGGCUCGCGUGCGGGGUCACCCUGACCCGGGGUCAGGUCGGGGUCGCGUCGCCGCCGCCACCCGCCGCUUCGCCCCGCACGCUUGGUCCGGCCCUGGCGGGAGAGCCGUCCGUCGUGCCUCUACCCCAACGUCUCCUCUCCUCGCUCCUCGGAGCGACGCCAGGGGCGGCCGUGUCGCUCCGACUCGCGGAGGCGCAGAGACGCGUGGGUCAGGAGCUCGGGCCGGCGUUGGCCGAAUUUGUGGACAGAGACAUCGCGCUGUUUGUGAAGACAGCGGCAAAGGUCAAGUGUGACCCCUGUACCCCAAGAGAGGUCACGGAGGCGGCUGACCCCAGCCCGGAGGACGAGUGGCAGCGGCGUGCGUCGGAGGCCGAGGGCCUCGCCUGGAUAUUCUCGGGCCCGGUGAGCGAGGAGCCCGAAGUGGGCAGCUGGGAGGGAGACCCCUGGCACCGGACGGGGAGAGCGGAGGGGGCAGCUGAACUCCCAAGAGAAGGGGAUGACGGAGGAUGGCCGUGGUCUUUCGAGGAGACUGUGAGGAGGUGUCCCAGCCUCGCCGUGCGCAUGCUGAGCGACAACUUCCAACUGCGCUACAGCAAGUGGACCGCCACAGAAGAAGACGCGAGCGGGACCGCUUCAGCGUCGCCAUCCCGGAUGCAGUUGGCCCGGAGGCUGCUGCCGCGCGUGCUGCAGUAUAGAGGCCGGAUCCUGCGCAGGCCCCUGGCGCCACCUCAGAGCUUGCGCGAGGCCCUGGGCGACGCGGGCCACGAGCCCUUCGUGGCGCUGCUGGCGCGAGGCCACGGCGCCGACGCGGCCGUGGGGUUCUGGCGCGAGGCCGAGCGGCUCCGCCUGGCGCGAGGCCUCCGCGAGGUGCGCGCCACGACGGCGUUCGUCCACGCGCGCUACUUCCACAGGGGACUCGACCCAGCCGCCCUACUGCAGUGCAAGGCCCCCAUCAUGUUGGAGAUCCAGGCGGCGCAAGUCGUGACGCCAGCUAUGAUCGUCACGGCACAGAUCCACGUUUACCGCGUCAUGGAGGAGACGUGGUUCAAGAUUUACCUCGACAGCUUCCCUGAUAGGCCAUCAACCGCUGUGCAGCCAGGAGCCAUCCCCAAAAAGGCACGGAAAAAUUGA